AUGGGUGUUUCUGGGGCCCUGCUAGUUUCAAUCAUUCCGGCCUUGAUUCUCAUCCACCUCUACUAUUCCCCAUACACCAAGGUUGAGGAGUCAUUUAAUAUACAAGCAACCCAUGACAUCUUGACACAUGGAAUACCAAGCCAAGACUAUUCACGCGCUCUGGCAGUCAAUUUUGAUCAUGUUUCAUAUCCUGGAUCUGUUCCUAGGACGUUCGUUGGGGCUCUCUUGUUAGCAGGCUUGUCUAGGCCUUGGAUAGCCUUCCUGAGCCACCCCUAUCAAGUUCAACUCCUUGUUCGAUCUCUUCUUGGUUUGGUCAAUGCAACGUCGUUGAUCCUACUCGGAAUAGCAGUGCAAAAGGCAUUCGGAAGACCUGCGCGGAUCUGGUUCACUUUAUUGCAAGCGAGUCAGUUCCACGUUAUUUACUACGCGUCUCGCACUUUACCAAACAUGUUCGCUUUUGCAUUGAGCACUCUGGCGCUGAGAAGCCUCCUUUUGGCGGGCUCAUAUCCCGAAAUGGACAAAGCGGCUUCUAAACAUUACCGGCUAUCUCUAUAUCUUCUAACAGUUGCUGGUAUUAUAUUCCGCUCCGAGCUUGCCAUCCUCCUUGCAUGCACAACUCUUUACCUACUUUCCCGGGGUAAAAUCUCUAUUACAGGCACAAUUCUCCCUGCAGGUGUAGGCGGCGUAGCUAUUGGCCUCUUGAGUACUAUUUCAAUCGACUCAUUCUUCUGGCAAACGUUCCCCCUCUGGCCCGAAUGGACGGGAUUCUACUACAAUACGAUCCAGGGCCAUUCCGCCGCUUGGGGAACAUCGCCGUGGUACUUCUACGUUUUGAACGCUCUUCCCCGCCUGCUCAUCAAUCCUAUGACCUACAUCAUACUCAUACCGCUGGCGAUAAUCAACCCUACCUCUCGGCAGCAUAGUAUCGAUAUAACCAUCCCGUCAACAGGAUUCGUCGUCCUGUACAGCUUCCUCCCUCAUAAAGAGUGGCGAUUCAUCAUCUACGUCAUUCCAGGACUAACAGCCGUUGCCGCUGCCGGCUCUUCAUGGAUAUGGACUCGGCGGGCUAAAGCAACGCUCUAUCGCCUACUGAGUCUCGGUCUUGUGAUUUCGGUCGUGGCUUCCUUUGUAAUUUCGACCGCUUUACUUGCUGUAUCAAGUCUGAACUAUCCUGGCGGCGCUGCCCUCACUAAAUUACACGAGAUAGCUGGUCGCGGAAAUAACGGGUCCCGGAUACAUGUCGAUAACUUGUCUUGCCAGACUGGAGUCACACGAUUCUUGGAGAGACAUGACAGCUCCCAGUCCGUUCACAGCAGCAAUCUUUGGGAUCCUGUGGAGCAUCCGCGUGGGAAGUGGCUCUACGACAAGACGGAAGAUCCUUCUCUGCUUCUCGAUCCAGCCUUCUGGUGCAAGUUUGACUAUGUGCUAGCAGAGAGACCAGAGAAAGUGAUUGGAAAAUGGCGGAUUCUCGCAGUGCAAUACGGGUUUUCUGGGGUCCGAAUUCUUCGUCCUGGGCAGCCAAGAUUCCAUCAUGCCCCGGAAACAGUGGAAGAGCUGCAAUUGGAGGAAGGGUCGAAGAGCUCCGGUGAAAGUAAUCAACCCAAAUACGCUCUUCUGGAUAUGCUGAGAGAGAAGGUAACAAGAGGGUGGUGGAUCAUGGUCAAAAUGGAACCUAAGAUCCGUAUCCUCGAGAACUUGGAUCGUUGCUAGAGGCCACUACUUUACAGCAAUAGGGUAUUAUUCAAUCUCCAUAUAAAAGGCUUUCAUGAAUCUUUAAAGUUCACCGUGGUGGAGAAGUCACGUGGCGAGAUUCUAACGACCCCGCCAACUCACGCAUCUGCCCCGCUGUGUUUUGAACAUUCUCACCUCACACACAGUUCGUAAGUACACACUGCAUUCAACACCACAACAUGGCAGAAGUCGCAGCAACAAGUUUGUCCGAGUCGCAUGCCAAACAAGUCAU